AGAGGAAGAAGAGAGAAGAUAGAGGAAAAUAAGAAAAACAAGAAAAAGAGGGUGUUUUUUUGAAUAAUUUUUGGACUCCUGGCUGCAAAUUCUCUACAUAAAUCUACAUUGCCAAUAACCUGCUGCAGAUGGAAAAAUAGCACCUGCUUGGCUUCUGGGUAGUAUUUGUUUAACUAGUUUGGAGUGCUUUCAUCCUGACAAUCACAGAUGUAAGAUGGGAGCUAUUCACAUCUGUCUUAUACUACUUUUCUUCACCUCCUCUCCUGUGCGUGCUCAGUGGUGGCGUUUCAUCUGGCCAGACCCAAAAACAACUACCGUUCCUCCUACCCUUACGUCUCCAACCGUUACGUCCCAGGAGCCUUCCACCACCCAGGGGAUACCAUCAAAGUCGGGACUGGGAAAGGAGGAUAAAGUGACAGCCAUUGAUGCGGAAGGCACUCAGAUAGGGUGGUCUAUGCUGUCCUCUACUCCACACAAGUCAGAGAAGUUAGUUUCCCAAAGAACUGUGAACACUUUUACAUUAUCUCCUGGGGGGAACUCAGGUGAAAGCACCAAAGGCAGGUCCACGAAUAAACCACUGAAACAAUGGAAGAAUGAGAAAAGUUCAGGAAGUCAUCUGGAUCUGAUGGAUUUGAUUGGUAUCCCUCUCCCUCCCUCCGUCUCCUUCACACCUGGCUUUGAGGGUUUUCCAGCCUACAGCUUUGGAAGUGAAGCCAAUGUCGGCCGACUCACGAGGACCUUUCUGCCUGAACGUUUCUACAGGGACUUCUCCAUUAUUGUCACGGUGCGUGCAGACAGCCAGAGAGGAGGAGUCCUUUUCGCCAUCACAGAUGCCCAACAGAAGGUUGUGGAGCUAGGUUUGGCCCUCACUACAGUUCACCAAGGGGUCCAGAGCAUCUUACUGUACUACACUGACAAAGAGAAGGCAUCCCACAGCCACAAAGCUGCUGCUUUCAGUGUCCCAGACAUGACUGACCAGUGGACACGUUUCACGUUGGAGGUGGAACACAAUGAGGUGCGUCUUUACAUGAAUUGUGGUCAGGCUGAGAAAGUGACUUUCCAUCGCAAGCCAGAGAAACUCACCUUUUCACAGAACUCUGGCAUAUUUGUUGCAAAUGCAGGAAGCACUGGGCUUGAUAAGUUUGAAGGAUCAAUUCAGCAGCUGGUCAUAAAGGAUGAUCCUAAAGGAGCCGAGGACCAGUGUGAGGAGGACGACCCUAAUGCCUCAGGGUACGCAAGUGGAGAUGAUCCUCUGGAUGACAGAGAGACAGAGGAAGACUCCAGGAAAAGGGAAUAUGAAGUAAAACAGCCGGGGGAGCACACAUUACCUGAUAUAGACUCACUCACUGUGGUACCAGAGGUGGAGCUCUAUGAGAAUUCUAGUCACAUGACUCCAACAGUAGUCAGUGAGGAUCUUCGGAUGAGAGAGUCUCACCAAACAGAGAAGGAAGGAGAACAAUCUAGACACGUUCACAUCAAACCUGGCUUGAAAGGGGAACAAGGGGAUCGUGGACCACCUGGGCCUCCAGGAUAUUGCUAUUUACACAAAAAGGAGCGAGGAGUAUCUGGGCCACAAGGACUACCAGGAGCUCCUGGAGCCCGAGGAGCAGAUGGACAGAAGGGAUGCAAGGGUAAUAAAGGUGAACUGGGUCCAAGAGGACUGCAGGGAUUUCCAGGUUUGAGUGGAGAAGCUGGACCUAAGGGAGAAAAGGGAGACCUGGGAGUUGGUUUGCCAGGCCCCCCUGGUCUUCCAGGACCCCCAGGACCUCCGGGACCACGUAUUUUACCAUAUGGACCAGAUGCCCUUGGCUCUGGCUUUGAGGAUAUGGAUACUCAUACUGUUUACAUCAGGGGUCCACCAGGUCCACCGGGGCCUCCAGGACCACGUGGGCCAUUAGAACAGAUCCCUGGACGUCCUGGACCCACUGGUGCACCUGGUAGUGAUGGACUUCCAGGCAAACAGGGAAUACCAGGUCCUGCAGGAACAAUUGGCUCCCCAGGUCCACCCGGAGCUGUUGGAGAGAAGGGUGACCAAGGGAUACCCGGGCCACCUGGAUCAAAGGGUGAACAUGGAGAUGCAGGUGUUCCAGGGUCUCCCGGACCUGAAGGGCCCAUUGGUCGAUCAGGAAAGAGAGGCCCAGCAGGUCUACCAGGACUCCCUGGCCCACCUGGCCCUCCGGGAACCCAAGUGAUUGUAGAGGAUAUAGAAGGAUCAGGAAACAGUGACUUGUUAAUGAAGACUAGAGUGAAAGGACCACAGGGCCCCUGUUGCAUACCAGGACCACCUGGAACACCAGGUAAUGAUGGAGCCCCCGGAGCUCCUGGGCUGUCUUCCAAGGGGGAAAAGGGUGAUCCUGGGGUAAUUAUUGCUGCUGAUGGAUCCAUUAUGCAUGCACCAAGGGGCCCUCGGGGGCCGAAAGGCCCGAAGGGCAACUGUGGCCUACCAGGACCUGCUGGACCUCUGGGAUCAAUGGGGUAUCCUGGUCAAAAAGGGGAACUGGGCUUCCCUGGACGCCCAGGACAACUUGGUAAGAAGGGGGAAAAAGGUGAGGGAAGUCCUGUUGCCCUGCCGGGGCCUCCAGGUCCUCCAGGUCCUCCUGGUCCACCAGGAAUAAUUCUUGGAUUUAACAGAACAGUGUUCCCGGUACGCCCCAGACCGCACUGCAAACUGGGACGAACGUUGGUGACAGAGAGAGACUCGUUGGGACUCAAAGGAGACAAAGGAGAUGAUGGGAUGCCUGGUGAAAUGGGAACACCAGCCCCUGCAUUACCUGAUGGCAUAAUGGGAGCUAAAGGCGAUCAGGGAGCCAUGGGUGAAAAGGGAGAAAAGGGUGAAUCAGGCCUGCCUGGUCCUCCAGGACUUACAGGAAAAUCUGGACCUGUGGGUCCAAAGGGGGAGUCCGUUGUAGGUCCCCCAGGUCCAGCAGGUAGUCCUGGUCGACCUGGAGGUCGUGGGCUUGGACGACCUGGACCCCGAGGCCCACCUGGAUCCCAAGGCCCACCUGGCCCCGCAGGGCCCCCAGGGCAAGCCACUGCAUAUAGAUCUGAUGUCAGUAUCCCUGGUCCUCCUGGUCCUCCCGGUCCACAAGGAUCUCCAGGUGAUGCUAACCCAGUGAUGACCUUCAAAACAGUCCACGCUCUCGCCAGAGAGACACAGCGAGCUGCUGAGGGAACACUGGCGUACGUAUCUGAAAAGGAAGGAGAGCUGUACGUCAGAGCACACAAUGGGUGGCGCAAAAUCCUGCUCGGGGAGCUGAUCCAUAAUGGAGCCUCCUCGUCAGAAGCCUCUCAGGCUCUGAGCAGAGCGGGAGAUUGGAGCCAACCUCGAAGAGUUCACAGCCAGGAAUUGCAGGAGGGCAGUAGGGGAUAUCAACCCAUCUACAAUAUUUUGCCACAGAGCAUUGAGUCCAUAUCUGGACUCCAUUUAGUGGCCCUGAACGCCCCGCUCAAAGGGGACAUGCGUGGCAUCCGUGGGGCAGACUUCCAGUGCUACCAGCAGGCGCGCUCCAUGGGGCUCACCUCCACCUACAGGGCCUUCCUGUCCUCACACCUCCAGGACUUGGUAACCAUUGUAAGGAAGGCUGACCGCCACAACCUGCCAGUGGUUAAUUUGAGGGGUGAAGUGUUGUUCCCUAGCUGGGCCUCCAUCUUCUCUGGAAAUGCAGGCAUGUUUGACCCGUCCACACCUAUCUAUUCAUUUGAUGGACGCAAUAUAAUGACUGAGUCAGCAUGGCCGGAGAAGCUGGUGUGGCACGGCUCCAGCACAGUGGGCAUCCGUCUGACUUCCAACUACUGUGAGGCGUGGAGGACGGCUGACAUGGCAGUGACAGGUCAGGCUGCGAUGCUGCAGACGGGACGGCUUUUGGGACAACACCCUUACUCCUGCUCCAACCACUACAUUGUGCUGUGUAUAGAGAACACAUAUGUGGGAAACACACAUCAAAGGAGAACCUGAAGAAACACACACACACACACACAUAUUAACACACAUGCAGGCAUGUUGAAAGUGGGAAAUAUGAUUGGGGGAACACAUUUAGGCACAUGAAACACUCACACCUAAACACACAUUUUUAUUUUAGAGUUUAGUCCCCACCUGUGUGGGACGGCAGCUCCCGUGUCCGUCCAUGUCUAGAUCCCAGUUAUUUUUGUAGCCUCUAACAAAGUAAAAUGUCAAAAAAAAUAACAAUGUCAGUGUUUGACACUCUGUUUCUGGUGCUUUGUUUUAUUGCUCUAAUGGCAGACAUAUAAUUAGUAGAGAAACAUAGCAAAACUGCUAAUAGAGCAUACCACAAAAUCACUAAUUAAUGAGACAAAGUCUCCUUUUUUCUGUGAAGUUUUACAAUUUAUGAUACAGGUCUGACGCGACAUACAGCAAUAAUUAACAAAAACAAUUGUAGGGACCCCUACAAAUAUGGCACCAUAGGUCUAGAGGUGUAAAAAGCCUUAAAAUAUAUUCCUCUUUUACUGCAGUACCAUAAUCUCACAUGGAAAUUUUUCGAAACAUCAAAUUUAAACUUUAAUUUGAUUACCUUUACAAAAUUACUUGAGCCGCAUUUAUUGGCAUCCUUUACAAUUCAUAUAAAAUAAUAGUAACUUAAUCAUUUUUGUAAUGUAUACUUUACCUUUUCAGGAUGAUCAGUGACAAAAUUGUAAUCGGUGACCCAUUCAACUCUUUCAGAUGGGAAAGAUAAAUCCAGUAAGGCUGUAAUGCUGUAAAUGUAGUGUUUUUUUUUUUUUAAUGAAGCUCACUAAAUAACUGAUAAUUUUCUCUCACCAUGCUUUUAAUGAAAUGUUCAGCCUGUAAACUUGAGUGUUAGUUUUUUUCUGCUGUCUGAUUGUAUCUUCAUUUGAAACAAAAACUUGACUUUCAUGUACUUACCUACUGGUGCUCCCUAAUUAAAGUGUCUGAUUUUU